GUGAAAGGGUAAAUGAUUUAACGGCGACGAUGAAAAUAAACGUACAAACAUUUUUACUUUGCAUCAUAUUUUUAUAGUGGGAUAAAAACUUUACGUCAGACGUUUCUGAAAAGUAUAUGAAAAUAUAAGAAGUAUAUAUUGGAAAAUCAUCACAGUUUUUCUAUUUAUGAUCUUUAUGUUUUGUAACAGAAAAAUUAAGUAAUAACUAUUAUAUAGGGUUUAUAAUUAAUAAUUCUUAAACACAAAAAAUAUUCAAAAUAUCCCAAGAAGAGUUAUUUAGUGCUAAAUAUCAUAAAAUAUGAAAAUUAUAUUGACAUUUCCAGUAUUUUAUAACGUCAUAUUUCAAUCUCGAAUUUCUAAAAUACCUAAAUACCAAAUAUUUAAGUAAAUUGCUGACAGAUGAGUCGGCCUGUUCGUUUUUAACUACCCGACGAAUUUCUUAGAAUCCCAUAAGAACCUAGAGCUACGACAGAGACCCUAUUCAAAGUUUUUCAUACAGGGACGACCUGAUUUGAUAAACCGGAAAUAUUUAUACCAUAAUAGUCGGUUUGUUGCGUAAAUGGAUAACGUAUUCAAAAAUUUUGCAAUUGUAACAUUGACAUCAAUUUCAAUACGCGAAGCAUAACAAAUAAAUCUCUGAAUCAAUUAUUCAUUUAUUCAACUUACAGUGUUUUACAAAACUACUUAUUCUUAUAGUUAAUCAGGAUAAAAAUUAAAAGCAGUCGGUAAUAGAGAAAUAAAGAGAAGCUUGUUGUAGUAAUUUUAUUGGGGAAUUUUUAAAUGUCAUAUAAUUUCUUUUAAUGGAUCAAAUAUAUACUAAACACACUGCUUAGACUACUACAAUUAUGCGCGUUUCGAUAACCAAGAUAUCGUCUUCAAAGACUGAAGGUAAACUUAGUUGGCUCUGAUAUAGAAAAAAAAUUUCUUCUGCAGAACUGGAGUUGGGAUUAUUUUUGGUGUUUAGAUGGGUUCUUCUCAUUGGUAGAUGGCACUGGACUGAGUCAAAAGGCCAUACAAUUGUUUGGUGUUGUUAGUAGAUUUGCAUCCUUAGAAAACGUUAAAUUUCAACUGUAGAUAAAAAAAAUUCCACACGUAUGUAGAAAAUUACGCAUACUAAGAAAAUUGAUGUUAGGUUUAUACCAUCAUUGAUGAUAUUGGAGGCCAGCCCAAUUAAGGGACAAAUGACGUCGUGCCACUUUUACAGCAUAAAUACAUGACUAAGCACGUUUUAGUUCAUAGUUAGGUAAGGACGCGGUCAAAAGCCCAUUGUGUCUAACAAAUACUGAUAUUGUUUAAAAGCCUCAUCGAGCGCUUUGGAUUGAACUUUCUAUCGUCACUAGGCAAACUGUAAGGCUUGCCCAAAUGUUUGAAUUUUUUGUUGGCCACUCAUCGACGACGUGGUCUGCAGAUUCUUCCCCGUCCAAACAUUUUUCAAUUCGUAUUCAGUUCCUACUCCAAGUAACCUGCUGAGCGCGGUGCUUAAAGUGGGGUUUCGAUUAAAAAUAUCUCUUGAAACGGUAAGAAUAAUGAAAAAGUACAAUAAUUAGAUUACGCCUGGGGAACAACAAAUUUUUGACGACAACAUCGAGAGGAUUGAAUUUUGUGAAACAACGUUAGCUCUUUUAAUUGAAACUACAAUUCUUUGCACAAUAUUUGGUUUACUGAUAAGUAUACAUCAUUGGACUUAUUCAGAGUUUGUAGAUUUGGAAAGAAAAAUGACUGCUGCGUAUAGAGAGCUUCAAAUCGAUGUUUUAGAGGAGUUUUAAUAGAUUCAAACACUAUUUAUAAACUAAAGGUGAAUUUAUAAACUUUUACGACCUCGUUUGCUUUAACAUAACCAUAUUACGGAGUGUCCUUUAUAAACAAGAACGCUCGCGUUCAAGUUCGCGCCGAGUUCGCGCUGGGGCAUGGCCUUAACAGCUAAGUGAGACGUGUUGCUUAUUGUUGAUAUAUUUUCUAUACGGACCGAUAUAUAAUGGAUGAUACGUUUGUAAAUUGUAUAUUAAACUAAAAAAUAAACCAAAAAAAUCUAUGAUAAACAGUUUUCUGUCUAAUGCAUCUAUUCUGCUAUUUUAGUUUGGUUUUUAUUGUUAAUAUUUCCCGUAAAUGUGAUAAACACGUAGAUGGUGUCUUAAUAAAGCUGAACUAAUAUUUGCGGAUCGUUUUGUCACAUCUUAAAUUAUUUGUAAGGUGUUACAGAUAACAUAAACAGAGCAAAAAAAUUGUAAAUAGUAAUUUAAGAUAAAUAAAUCUUUAUCAAAGCUUUAAAAAUCUAUAAUUUAUAGUAUAUAGUUAGUGGAAAAAGGAAAAUAACUUGAUGGAAUACGUUUUAUUCCUUCUAAAUUUGUCGCAAUAUAAUAUAGUACGUGGGUUGUCCAUAAAAUGAGAUUCCCGAGGAGCCGUGGACGCUAAGAACGCUGUUAGGGGUGUAGUUUGACCCACUCUCCCAGUUCCUGCUCCAGUCAGCUGUCUACAACGUUAAUUCUUGUCUUGGUAGCUAUUAAAGAUGGAGCUUCCAUUUGAUUCCCACGCCUGCUACGAAUCAUGCUUUGUGGUUCGUUUUUUGUGUGCAAAAAACGUUCCUUCGGUAAACAUUCAUUCCCAAUUGUGUUAGGUGUAUGGGGAAAAGUAUAUGAGUAUGCAAAAAUGGUGUAGCGAAUUCUAAGAUGUACGUACAGACGUCCAUGUCGAACCACGUACUGGCCGGCCACCGUUUUCGGAUGAAAUGAUUUUGAAAUUGGAAGAAGCAAUGCUGGAAGAUCGAAGAGUGCAUUCACAUCAUUUUGAUAGACUGCUUAAGAUUGCCAAGGUUUGUGCAAGUUGGGUCCUGAAAAUGCUGACGGAUGACAAUAAGCGGCCUCAAGAUAUUACCAUCUGAAUCACUUAGGAAGGAUGCAUUUCACAACCGACCAAGAUCUGAAAGUAGAAGUUUUAAGCGGCAUAAAGCAGAAAAAGGAUGCUACACCGCAUGCAAACAUACAUUGAUCUAAACGGCGAUUAUGUAAAAAUCUACAGGGAAUUCUAAGCUUUCCAAACAUGUAUUAUUUGAUAUCAAUAAACAUAUUUUUCAUUGUGAAAAUUCGUUGGCGACCAUAUUUUAUAAACAAGCCUCGUAUAAUAUAGGGUAGAAAAUUACAAGUAUAGUAGAACAAUACGUAAUGGUUAUUAAAUUGGUAAUUUUAUAAUAUUGUGGACCCCUCGGUUUUUGACUAUAGAAAAUAAAAAAAAUAUCUGAUUUAAACGUUUUAAAGGCAAAUCUAUGGAAAUAAGAUGGAAAAUAUUUGAGGAUUUCAUAUGGUUUUAUCAUAAAUACACUUUUAUAAAUUUAAUCGAUUUUCUAGAAUCAAUAAACGAGGGGGCAACUAUAAAAUUAUAGUUUUUUUUUUAAUGGAACAUGGGUUUAUUUGGCGUCAAUUUAGAUUGCUCUAAUUUAAUUUUUUUGUCCAAUUAUUGUUUUAUAUUUUGUUUAAAAAAUUCCAUUGAAGUUAGAUGAUUUUUUGUUUCUUUAGAGCCAAAAACUAUGAAAUUAUCAAUUAAUUUAUUUCAAAAUUUCCUGUCAAAACCUAGUUCGAUUAAAGAAUUAUUUUGUUUAGUUGGAAUUCUUAUUUUUAUGAAUAAUUUAUUUUGGUUGAAACCCAAAUAAUUUGAGACGUCAAUUUUUACCUAUUUACCUAUUUUUUAAAACCAUUAUUUCUUAUCAAAAGACCCAAAGUCGAUUUAAUAAAAACAACAUGUAAGAAGAAAAAAGUUGAUAAAAUUUAUUUUUAUAUAUUAUUUGCAUAAUCACACAAAUCAGUAAAAUCAUCGUUGAUUCUAUUGAUUCAAUGUCUGUACACAAAAGAAAAAUUUAAAUAAAAUCAUUAUUAUCAGUAAGUGGCUAAUUCUAUCAGUUGACAACAGUGUUUACGUAGAGUUUCAAUAUAAUAGGUCUUCAAAACAAGAUAUCUUCAUGAAAUAUUUUCUACUACUUUUCGCCGCUCUCGCGGUGGAUUGCAGAAUACUAGCAGAGCCUUGUAUCGAUCAUUGUGUCUGUAACUCCAAGCUUCUCAGCAGAUUACAAGUAAUCUCCUGUGACAAGCCGCUAGUUCUUAACAGUACUACAUUCCAAAACAUCGACAAGAAUUUAACGAAUGUUAUUAGCUUCAGUGACGUUAUAAUUGAUCAAAUUCAAGAAAAUGCCUUUAGGGAUUUCAAGAAUUUAGACGAUGUGAUGAUUAGUGGUUCAAAUAUAGGAUCAAUAGACGCCAAAUCGUUUAAUAAUGUCGAGAGAUUGAAAUUUGUCGAUUGCGCUUUUGAAGAUAGUCCUGAUUUGUUUUCAGAACAACUGGAAGAACUCCACUUCGGUAGCAGUCGUUUGGACCAAAUUCCUAAUUUAAAUAAUUUGCUGAAGUUAACUUUCUUAAAUUUAUCGGGAAACUACAUUAAAUAUGUAGAAGUUGAAGCAUUUACCGAACUUUUCGACUUGGAAGAAUUACAUUUAUCGAAUAACGAAAUAUUCAGACUACCUGCAACCGUUUUCAUAAACAACCAACAACUUCUUACACUUAAUCUAGACAACAACCCCCUUAAUCAUUUCGCAAUCAACACUUCGGAAUCUUUGGAAAUUUUAUCUCUUAGAAAUUGUAGAUUGGAUAAAUUCGACAAAGAAUCCGCUCGCAAACUUACAUCUGUGAAUGAGUUGAACUUAAGCCACAAUAAUAUCAAAAAUCUUUCUAGUGAAACGUUCGCCCACAUGACAGAACUCUCAGUAAUCGAUCUUUCCUACAAUAAAUUGACAGAUCUAGAUGAAAACGUAUUUGCUGAAAACGGUAGACUUAUUAGGAUUACUUUAGACGGUAAUGAUUUUAAUACAUUACCAGUAUUUUAUCGCAAGAAUGAGGAAACCUUCUCGAUUUAUUCAUUUUCGUGCAGGUAUUGCAACCUCAAUACUUUGUCAAGCAACGUAUUCGAGAACAUGGAAGAUAUGAUAAAUCUAUACCUAUCUCACAACAAUUUCCUAAACGUCGACAACAUGUUCGAUAAAAUAAAAAAUUUAAAAGUCUUGGACAUCUCGGAUAAUAACAUCGCAUACUUCUCCCCAGGGGCGUUUAAAAAUAACAAGAAUUUGGAAGUUUUGAACAUUGCAGGUAAUCCUCUUAUGGUUCUCAACCCAGAAGUUUUUGCUGGCAAUUAUCUCCUCAGAGAUAUCGAUGUUAGGAACGCAUCACUCACAAAACUUUGGUCCAACUACAACAAAUCCGUUAAAUCUCUUCGUCGGUUACUACUCGGUGGUAACAAUUUAGGAACCCUAACAUCAGAUGAUUUCGUAAUUAUGCCUGCACUAGAAGCUAUCGAAUUACACAAUAAUCCGUUGAUUUUCGACAAUAAACUUUGUACUUUAUUCAGUUUUUUGGAAGUUGAAGGUAUAAAUCCAAUCGACGCCAGCAGUAAAAAAAAUAACGCAGCUGAUGGAGCCUUUAGAGAAGAUACUGAUGGAUUCAUUACUAUCCAAUGGAAAGAUGUCCAUGGUGGUAUGUGUCCCGAAGAAAUUCCCUUCAACUCGAACGAUGAUAAGACUAAGUACAUAACAAAUAACGAAGAUGAUGAAGAUGACGAUAACGAUGAUGAUGAAGACGAUGAUGAUUACGACGAGGACGACGACUAUUACAUUGAUAACGAAAACGACGAAGAAACCUCCACUAAAUUCUCUAAAGAAAACGCUUCCUUAGCAAAAGCAACGUACAUUCUUUCAGUUACUUCAGCUUUUGUGUUGAGUGCUUUAAUAGUACUUACCAUUGCUGUUACUAUUACACUUUGCGUUUUGCGUAGAAAUAACGGAUUCGAUAUGCAGAAAGCUAACUUACCAAGACUUAAGAUUCCUCUGUGGAACACCACACAAGGGCACAAGAAACACAGUGGAUCCGUGUAUAGACCUCUCUCUGAGGAUCUAUCGGGUCCAAAAACUCCGAAAUUGAGUCGUUACGAUUUUACUUCCACUCCCGUUGUCCAUUCGGCUUAAAACUUUUAUUAUU